CACUUCCGUUUCCCCUGCGUCACGAAGACCCAGAAGUGACACUACUUGGAGGCAGACAGUGAUUGCAUUGAUACCUUGUGUGCGGAUCUCUGAACGGUGAAUGACAGAGGCUGCUUAUUGUAACCCAGACUGACCCAGUGAAAAGACCAGGUUUCCAUCCUUCCUUCCAAUAUGAGCUGGCUUUGUGCGUUUGCAUUCAGCGCAGUGAGCUUACAAAGUGCGCAGAUGGUUUUGUCUCGGUAGCUAGCGCUAGCUCUGCAAAGCUGCUAUCAGUGGUCCGCUCCAGCUGUACCAUUCACACCACAGACACGCGCUUUCAUUUGCUAAGUCCCCAUCAUGAAUCUGUUUCGUCUGGUGUGCCGCCACAAGACAGCCCUGGUCAUUGGCACAGUUUGCAGCUUUGCUGUAGUUCUUGUCUUCUUAGCAAAAUGCACAUCAGAAACCCUAAAACAGGGUCACCCCGAUCCUCCUGGCAGAGCCCCCCAAGCCAUCGGUUUUCAGUCCCGCCCAGCGCAGCAGAAUCCUCCCUCCGCAUCCAAAGACUUGUCAGCAUUUCUCGUGGUCCUCAUCACAACAGGACCGAAGUACACGGAACGACGUAGUAUUAUCCGCAGCACCUGGCUUGCUAAGCGGGACUCUGAUGUUCUGGCCAUGUUUGUAGUAGGAACACAGGGCCUUUCCAGUGAGGACCUUCAGAAUCUUAACACGGAGCAAGGGCGGCACAAGGACUUACUCUUACUGCCCGACUUGCGAGACUCUUACGAGAACCUGACCCUCAAACUGCUGCACAUGUACACCUGGCUGGACCAGAACGUUGAGUUCACGUUUGUCCUGAAAGCAGAUGACGACACAUUCGCUCGCUUGGACCUCCUCAAAGAGGAGCUGAAGGGGAAGGAGCCCAACCGGUUGUACUGGGGCUUCUUCUCAGGGAGAGGCCGGGUGAAAUCGGCGGGGAAGUGGCGCGAAAGCUCGUGGGAGCUGUGCGAUUACUACCUCCCCUACGCGCUGGGCGGCGGCUACGUGCUCUCGGCCGAUCUGGUGCAUUACGUGCGUCUUAAUGCAGGAUACUUCAAGACGUGGCAGAGCGAGGACGUGUCGCUGGGCGCGUGGCUGGCACCGGUAGACAUCCGGCGGACCCACGACCCACGCUUUGACACGGAGUACAAAUCACGCGGUUGCAACAACAAAUACCUGGUGACGCAUAAGCAGAGCUUGGAGGACAUGUUGGAAAAACAUCAGACUCUGCAGCGCGAUGGCAGGCUCUGCAAGGAGGAAGUCAAGCUGCGCCUGUCCUACGUGUAUGACUGGAGUGUGCCACCCUCACAGUGCUGCCAAAGAAAGGAUGGGAUCCCGUAAUCAUUGUUUUCUAAAAGGCUGAAGUUCACUUUAUAUCUAUAGUCAUGUCGUCCAAGUCAGGAAUAUUAGCGGAUUUUUCCUUUCCACCAAGUCUCCAUUGUUAGACUGUUUAAAGUCACCUAACUGAUACAAGACAUUAUACAAAUUGUAGCAUUUGUGAAAACACAAAAAGGGUGCAAUUCACUGUUUUUUGUUUUAUUUUUGUUUUAUCAUGUUAAAGCAGCUUUAGGAGCUCUAAACCUACAACUAAUUUCAUUUCACUUUUGUGUGGCUUUGACAUGUUAUAGCUGUGGAUGUGAGGGUUUGGAUGGAGAAAAAGCCAUGAACUAAAAGAUUCACAUUUUCACAAAUCUGAAGCUGUUUUUCAAACACUUUUUUGGGGGGCUCCACGCAUUAAUACUCGCUUUUACGUGGUUAUAGAGCCAAAAUCACCCGUUUAAAUCAGAGCUACAGCUUUUAGUACGAUGUCGGGUAUCAGUUUUACGGCUUGAUGUUGUUUAACAAGAGGGAACUGCCAAGAGAUAUUGGCCCUCGAGUAUUUUAACAGAAGCCAUCUUCAGUCCUGCUUCGUUGUCGAGCCCCUUCGGUUUUACUGUCAGUGCUUACCUUAUCACCUUCUGGUGGCCUACUUCUUUUCAGU